GUAUGGGUUUCUCGGAAAAUACACUCCAAGUCGAUCGUCGAUGUAAUGAAUGGCGAGAUAUCUUAUCACUGAACUUCUGUACUGGAAAAGACAGGCAAAACCUUAGAGAAUGGCUUUAGAAGUCAAGGAAAAGCCGUCUCUUGAUCUACAGAAUCUAUACAUUGCCGUGGUGGCAAUAGACUUUGGCACGUCAUACAGUGGCUUCGCCUUUUCAUUUAACAAAGGCCAUGAGCAAGACGCGAUUUUCAUGAACAGGGACUGGACGAACGAACAAGGAGGCAGAACGAGCAAGGCUCCAACGUGCCUGCUCCUUAAUCCAGAUCUCAGUUUUAAUUCGUUUGGCUACGAUGCAAUGGAAAACUAUGCACAGCUACAAAAUAAGCACGAGGAACAGAAGUAUUUUUUCCUUCAGCAUUUUAAAAUGGCGCUCCACAGCGAUGAGAAACUUAACAAGGAAACAACCAUUAAGGCUCUAAAUGGAAAAGAAGUUAAGGCCCAGACUGUAUUUGCACUUUCAAUCGAGUUUAUGAAAGACGAAGCAAUCAAACUUCUUGUCUUGGAAACUGGUGAUAACCAAUUUAAAGCAGACGAUAUUCAGUGGGUUCUGACUGUUCCUGCAAUAUGGACUCCAGCGGCUAAACAGUUCAUGAGAGAAGCGGCUAAUCAGGCUGGAGUUGGAAAAGAGACUAAUCCUGGCCAGUUAAUCAUCGCCUUAGAGCCCGAAACUGCCGCACUUUUCUGCAUGGAACGAAAGAACAUAGAAAGAGAAUAUGACAGCGAUUUUGAAGGUGCCGAGCUUUCGAAACCAAGAACACGAUACAUGGUCGUUGAUAUAGGAGGUGGGACAUUAGAUGUGGCCGUACAUGAGGUUGUGGAGAAAGGCAGCAUCAAAGAGAUUGACAAGAUAACGGGUGGCCCUUAUGGCGGGAUCAGAGUGAACCAAGAGUUCAAAAGGCUCUUGGGAGAUUUGUUCGGAGAAGAAAAGCUAAAUGCGUACAAAGAGGAGUUUCCAUCCGAUUGGCUGGCUUUAAUGAACGACUUUGAAGGGAAAAAGCAAGGAUUUCGUAUGGAGAAAGGAAGAAUGACAAAUAUCCGUUUGCCGGCAAGCUUUGCUUCUCUGGUUGAGCAAAAUACAGUUAGGGAGCGUUACGAUGAGAGAGAUGUUAGGCUGAGGGGGAAUGAAUACCUUUGCUUAAGCCCAAACAUCAUGGAAGUUAAGUUGUUCGCACCUGUUCUAUCUAACAUCCGGGAUCAUUUAAAAAGACUGCAAGGGAGGACAAGGGCUUCAAACGUUAAAACCUUGCUCCUAGUCGGCGGAUUUUCGGACUCUCCAAUUCUUCAAAAAGAGAUAAAGAAAGAGUUUUCCGAGGAUUUCAGAAUUUUGGUACCCCGAAAUGCCGCCAUAGCGGUAGUUCAAGGUGCUGUAUUAUUCGGCAAGAACCCAGCGAAGAUAACUGAAAGGGUCAUGAGUACAACCUAUGGUGCCGAUUGUUCCCGGGAUUUUGACAAAAACAUUCAUCCUUCCUCUAAGUGGUUCUUAGCCGAUGGUCGCUCGAAGUGUAAAGACUUAUUUAACCGCUUUGUCAAGGAGGAUGAGGUCGCACGGUCAGGUCACACCGUCAAAAAGAUGUAUAGUCCUCUUCAUGCAGCCGACACACAGCUGACCUUUGGAUUUUAUGUUGCAAAAAAUCCAGAAUGUAAGUUUAUCACCGAUGAAGGGGUCACUAAAAUUGGAAGUGUCACUGUCAGGUCUCCAGAUACCUCAAAGGGGCGAAGCAGAAAUAUUGAAGUCAGCAUGCACUUUGGAGGAACAGAAAUCGUCGCCACAGCAAUCGAUGUUUCGAGUGGAAGCACGGCUCAAACCACUCUGGACUUUUUUCAUGACUAACCGAUAUCAAAGAAAUGUAAUAGCACUUUAAUAUUUCUGUAAGAAGCUGGUGUCGGUUCGAAACUUUAAGACAAGAGACACGCAAAGCAUCGUAGAACAAUUGGUGUUAUUUCGAAUGAGAACUAACAGUAAGUUGAAACGAAGAGGAAACAAAAAGUAGUAAUAGCAACUUGAGGAAAAUUUAAAAAAGCAAAGUAUGUAUCAACAAACAUAUCUUAAAAUUCGUAAUAGAGAAGAAGCAAUGAUCUGCAAUAGAUCAUUGUUAGAUAAAGCCCUGACACGGAAGGAGCUGCCACCAGAAACCGCUAUCACUGCUUUAUGAAAACAUAAAGGAUAAUGUGUGAAGAGGCUACUCCAUUCCUCAGGACUUAGUUAAGAUUAAUUUAGUUUAUACAAAAUAUUUAUACCACGCCAUAGCCAUGAUCUGUUUUCUUCUCUUCAAAGAUGUUUUCGUGCUCAGCAUAAUGUUUAGCCGGGUGUUAUAUUAAGGACUUUCAACUCUGAUUCAGCGUCAGUUUUUUUCCGGCUAACAUGUACCCAGUUGAGAGGCUAGGCUGAGGUUAUGGCUCCAGUUGUACUUUGAAGAAGCGACUACGCAUCACAAAAGCGCAAAUAACCUCUCAUCUUAAGGAUUGUUGGCACAUAAAAUAUUUCUUCGCCACGAGGGAAAUUAAAAUAAACGAUGUAGUUCAUCAAUCGCCGGCAAUUCUUUUCAUACGACCCUUUAAUAUACCUGGGACAUUUCUGACGCUUCUUCGGCUUUUUGAGAUAUCAAAGUUUCUAUCGAAGGCAACGUUCUAUGCACUAGUGAGUACUUCUUUUUUCUAAUUUUCCUAGACUUUGUCGUUUACGUAGUGACGACUCUGAUCUUUCCCACAAUCAAUGUGCAAAUGAACUGAAGAUGAAAAGUAUAAUGAAGAGGACAUUCGGUGGGUUAUAACAGUGCCUCUUAAUUAGAGACAUGCUGCAAAGCAAUUCAUGAGAGAAGCUGCAUGCAUGUAAUCCUACGAUGAAUAAGGAGGUGAAAAUAAAAAAUAAAAA